CUAAUGUCAGUGGUAACUGGCAAUCUGAAGUGGUAGGAUGACAAGGGAUGUUUAUAGUUUGCAAUUUUAGUAGGUUUUUUAAACAUAUACCUUACAGCUUAUUGUUUUACAUAGAUUUAAAAUUAUUAGAGCACAGUGCUGAUACCACUUUUUGAUAUGACGUUUUCUGAGAGCAGGCUAUUUAUUUAGCAUUUUUGGAAGGAGUCUCCAGUAUCAGAGCUUUGUAACAGCUGUAACUUUAAGUUUUCCAAAACUGAAGCAUAAUCAGGGCAGAGGGCUUUGUCGUUUUCUGGGAACAUGACAAGCUGCAUUUUUUUUAACUUCAAGAGACGGAAAAUACAGGCUGGCCUGGGAACCACCGAUUUUAGCUGUCGUAAUCUGCAGCAGGAUGGCAUGGUUUCUCCUGGUCCUUCUCACCGUGUGCCGCAUUGGAGGCAGCAUUGACGUGGACAUAGAGGACAGAAACUGGGACUGGGGCUCCGGCCUGCAUGAGCUGCUGCACAGCUUCCCUGCUCACAGUCCCUUUGUCACGGAGACACCUGGACAUGUAGCAAACUGCACUCAGCGCUUCUGGCUGCCACCGUCCUCUCCUGUGUGCUGGGAAGACAUAGCAGGGCCAGAGGAGUUCGAGGAGACGCGUCUGCUUGUGCUGCAGAACCGAGCAGCACUCCACGCAGUGACUGAGGCCAGCGGUCUGGAGGAGGGUGGACUCUCAUAUGAGCAGCAGGCCAUGAUGGAUGUCCAAGGGGUUCGGGAAGAUCACCUGAGCAUUUCUCAGACUGUAGAAUCCAUUCAGAAGGUCUUCAUUGACCUGGAUGAGAAGAGGAAGGAGGCUGGGGGACAUGAUACCUUUGCAAGUUUAAAGGAGCAGAUUGCAAACACCAUGAGCUCCAUAAAUGGCAGAGAAGAAAUGGCAGCUCUUCUGGAGCAGCGUCUCUCUAAACUCGAGAGGACAUUGAACGCCAUACAAUAUCGACUAACCCUAAUACUGAACCAGUAAAAAAAAAGUUACAGCAGACACUUUACAGUGCAGUGCAUGCCUGUGAGGAAGCAGGAUUUUACACCUAAAGCAUGACCCUCUUUAUUGUAUUAUACCUCUGUUUCAGUAUUAAAGGUAGGUGAUAUGGUAAUGUAUUGAUGUCAUGAGAGCUUAUUUUAAGAUACUUUUCAGAGAGGAUUACAAGUACUUUCAUAACAUUGAACAACUGCAUUGUUACUUACUGUUAGGAAAAUCUGAUUGGAUGUUAAAUAUUUUUAAAUUCUAAAUUUUUUUUUUUUUUUUUUACAUCAGCUGCUUGAUUGGUGUAUUUUGUAUAUUUUAUAAAUAAACAUAAAAUCACUAAAUUACUUCUGUAUACUUUUUAAAAUGUCAUAAAUAUUGACACAUAUUGUAUCAUGAACUGUCACCCACCAUUUUUUUCCACAAGUAAGUGAAUGUUUUUCUAAAUCAUGAAGUAACAAGACAAUUUUAUAAUUAGAUUUAUCAUAGUAAUAUUCAAUAAAAAAGUGCUAGGUUACGUGGCAUGA